UUUGGCUUUUGAACUGAGUUCAAGGCAAUUAAAGUCAUGGGCUAAGUAGGAAAGGAGGGGUUUAGAAAUACCAGCAUAAUAAGUAGUAUGACUGGAGUGAUCUGCAAAUUAACUCAAUUAGACAAAGCCUGAUUUAACGGGGGAAAGAUGGUGAGAAGUGCCACCCUCAUUAAAUCUGGUUGUUAGAGGUGCUUCUAAUGGAAUUAAAUUUGUCUUAGUUGUUUGGAUCACAUAAAAUAGUCUGUGCAUGUGCAUGUAUACGCGUGCACAUGCGUGGGUUCUAUGAUUUUGUGGGUAUUUUUUAAUGAGGAGAGGAAUAGAAUGUAAAACAAAAAAAUACCCCAAAAUACCCCCAAAAACAAAAAUCAAAAACUGAGUGAAUGUUCAAGAGCUCAAGAGUGGAAGACAAGAAGAAAACCGGAGAGCAGUAAGGAGCACGCAGCGAGAGGGUAUUCUCCGAUUACAAAGCCAUGGGUCCCCUUCCGUGGGGGCUUCUGCUCUGUUGCCUGGGCUGUGGAAUCCUGCCUGGAGUCUGGGCGCAGUUCCCCCGGGUCUGCAUGACAGUGGACAGCUUGCUGUCCAAGGAGUGCUGCCCGCCACUGGGUGUGGAGCCGGCCAAUGUCUGUGGCUCUCUGGUGGGCCGGGGCCAGUGCAUGGAGGUGCAAGUCGACACCAGGCCCUGGGGUGGUCCUUACAUCCUGCGAAACCAGGAUGAUCGGGAACGGUGGCCACGGAAGUUCUUCACCCGGACCUGCAAAUGCACAGGAAACUUUACUGGCUACAAUUGUGGAGACUGCAAGUUUGGCUGGACUGGCCCCAACUGUGAUCAGAAGAAACCACCAGUUGUUCGAAAGAACAUCCAUUCUUUGACUCCCCAGGAGAGGGAGCAGUUCUUGGGUGCCUUAGACCUCGCAAAGAACACUACACACCCCGACUACGUGAUCACUACGCAACACUGGCUGGGCCUGCUUGGGCCCAACGGGACCCAGCCACAGUUCACCAACUGCAGCAUUUAUGAUUUCUUUGUGUGGCUCCAUUAUUAUUCUGUUAGAGAUACAUUGUUGGGACCAGGGCGCCCAUAUAAGGCCAUUGAUUUCUCACACCAAGGACCCGCCUUUGUCACCUGGCACCGGUACCAUUUGUUGUGGCUGGAAAGAGAUCUCCAGCGACUUAUUGGCAAUGAGUCCUUUGCUUUGCCCUACUGGAACUUUGCCACGGGGAGGAAUGAGUGUGACGUGUGUACAGACCAACUGCUUGGGGCAGCAAGACAAGAUGAUCCGACUCUGAUUAGUCAGAACUCAAGAUUCUCCAGCUGGGGAAUUAUCUGUGAUAGCUUAGAUGAUUACAACCGUGAGGUCACCCUGUGUAAUGGAACCUAUGAAGGCGUGUUGAGAAGAAAUCAAGUGGGAAGAAACGGCGAGAAAUUGCCAACCCCAAAAGACGUACAAGACUGUCUGUCUCUCGAGGAGUUUGACAAUCCUCCUUUCUUCCAGAACUCUACCUUCAGCUUCAGGAAUGCCCUGGAAGGGUUUGAUAAAGCAGACGGGACCCUGGACUCUCAAGUGGUGAGCCUUCAUAAUUUGGUUCAUUCCUUCCUGAACGGGACAAAUGCUUUGCCGCAUUCUGCCGCCAAUGAUCCCAUUUUUGUGGUCCUUCAUUCCUUUACCGAUGCAAUUUUUGAUGAGUGGAUGAAAAGAUUUAAUCCUUCUGCGGAUGCCUGGCCGCAGGAGCUGGCACCUAUUGGUCACAAUCGGAUGUAUAACAUGGUUCCUUUCUUCCCUCCGGUGACUAAUGAGGAAUUCUUUUUAACCACAGACCAACUUGGCUACAGCUAUGCCAUUGAUCUGCCAGUUUCAGUUGAAGAAACUCCAAGUUGGACCACAACCCUCUCGGUGGUUGUGGGAAUGCUGGUGGCUUUGGUUGGUCUUUUUAUGCUGCUGGCUUUCCUUCAGUAUAGAAGACUUCGAAAAGGAUACACACCGCUAAUGGGGACACAUUUAAGCAGCAAGAGAUACACAGAAGAAGCCUAGUGCUCACGCCUUGCCCGGAGAAGAGGCUGGCCAAGCUGGAGUUGGGACCCUGACAAUGAACAAACUAAUCCCCACUGUUCUUCCUUUAGUUGGCGAUCUUUGGCACGGCUACUCUGGUGGUGAAGAUCCCAACCACAGAAGACACUUAGCUGUAGUUUCUGGUUUGCUUUUUUGUGUAACAAACUCGAGCUAAAGUGCUGGAGGCUAUCUCUGCCAUUAAACAAAGGUAGAGCUGAUGAUUUGUGGUCUCCCAUAAUAAUUCCCCAUAUUGAUUAAGCCUCCUCAUGUGUUGAGAGCACCAACAAAAAUUGAUAGAGUGGAUUUAUUGUAAUUUGCAGGUCAGUGUAAUUUGAGUCUUGGACAAGAUUAUGGUUCAAUCUCUCUCAGCUCAAGUGUCUUCAUUAGUAGCAGGGUGGGGUUAGGGAAUGGCAGUUACUACAUGAGUCUCCAAGAUCCCUUUUAGUUACAAACAUCUAUAUUUUUAGUGCCUUUCUGAUUGUCUUCAUGGGGCUUAUUUUCCUCUUCAGCCUUUAAAACUCUCUGGAGGAUGAAAAUCAGCCUUAUUUUCCAAGUAGGAUGGAGAAUGAAUGAUAAUUUGGUUCUCUUUUUGCAAAUUAGACUUUGAAGAAUUUAUCAAAAGUUUGCAGUUCUUAACAGUAGACAUAUCAUAAAAUUCAAUAGCUGGAUACACAUGGAUCUUAUAGUGAUAAGUAAAUAGAUGAAAGAUUAAAUUAUAGAGCUUUCUAGUUGAUUAAUACACUGUUUUAAAUCUAUUACCAAGGAUAGAAUCCCUCUUUCCAGGAAAGGCUGACUGGGGCUACAGUCCUGAACAUGAGACAAUUUGAUUCGAGUUCCAUUGCUCUGAGGUCUCAUUUGGCUGAUCCUGAGCCAAUCCCUUUACUAGGUAUCCUCAGAGGAAAAAUUUUUUCACAUAAAAUGCAUUUGGCAUGUUCUUAAGAGUUGACUUUAGAUUCAUUAAUGUACUGAGAGUUACUUACGAAUGCUAAUCAAUUAAGUCUUACCAUUUAAAAGCAAACCAUCCAUACAAAAUAUAAUAAUGCAGAAUUAAGUGGUUAUUUUCCACUAAAUAAUUAUCAGAUUAUGAGAGAUAAGAAGGAGGCAGUCUUUACUAAGAUGUUUAGACUUACCAAGAUGAUCCCUGCUUCUGAGAAGUUAACAGUUGUUGAGAUUUAAAGGCAAAUUUAAUCGGCUUAUAUCUCUGGUACCUGUGCAUCAGGAGUGAGGCCAAAGUUCUAGAAGGCGGCCCAUCAGUCUGCUCAUUUCAAGUCCCUCUCUGUGGAAUGGGUGUCUGUCAAGAAUGGGUGUUAAGAGCGCCCUGGAGCUGCCUUCUAUAGAUGGGGGGGCCUAGAGUGUGCAAGAUUCACAAAUACGCAGUGUUUCCCCCUGGAACAAAACUGCGACAGCCAGAGAAAUGGAAAAGCCCAAUCUGAACCGAGUGAGUCUCAUAAAACUAUAGGCAUAUUUGCGAGUAGGCUCCAGCAGAGUCAAGAGAGCCCAGAGUCCUUCCUGGGGGUGAAGCCCCUCUUGGACUUUUUUUAGCCACAGCCACAGGUGCAGGUCUCAAUUCCUGCCUUUAACAGUAUUCAUGGAAAAUUCAACAGUGCUUCAUUAACAUGCUCUGUCCUGGAAAGUUUAUGCUCUCCACUUAUGGUUGUUGGAGAAUACAUUUUUACAUCCAAAUUUUAAAUCAAGUGAGAAAUAUAUUAAAAUGAAUAUAUAAUUGUGUAUGGUAGGUAUGUCUCUGAAAAGCUGUAUGUAAAUCACUUACACGUUAAAAGCACCAGGGGAAAUUACUUUCUAUAGAUGAAUUAUUAUGAAUAAUUCUAUAAAGCAAAUAACCACCUCUAGCUUAUCUUUCAGGUAUAUCAGAUUUUUCACACAUCAUAUUCUCAUAAAAUUUGUUUAAAGCAAGAUCUGUCUGAGGUAGAAGUAAAGAACAGUCAUUUAUACUUAGCUACUUUUAUCUAUAGUGCUUGAAACUUUUUAUAAAUAUUGUAUUUAAUAAUGUCUUCCUAAGAGAAAUAAUUUCCUAAUUUUAUAGUUCACAUAAGAGGAAUAAAAUUUUCUAACAUUUUCUAGCAUUACAAUAAAUAGAUGAUGAAUGCUUUUUAACAAAUUUAAAGGUAGAACAAACUCAUAGAAUAAAAAUGUUGGUAUUCACUUACAUUGAAUAUUAUGCAAAUAAACUCAGAAAAUAUCACCAAGCAUUGUAGGGCUAUGCUUCUCAAUGGUAGGGAAAAAAAUUCAACCUUGAAGAAAAUGAAUAGAUAACUUUAUAUGCUUAUAUCUUCAGUAUUACAAAAAUUAUAUGUAUAUGAAUUAUGAUUUCAAAAGAAAUGUUUUUAUAAAACUAGCAUUUAUUAACAUCCAAUAACAUCUUUCUUUUGUGAAUUAAAUUCUCUUCAAAUUCUAAAAUUCUUUGACAUUAAUUUGUGUCUUGCUUAGGAUUUAACACUAUUAAUUAUGAUAAUCCUAAUGAAUAAUUUUAAUCUCACAUUAACAAGAAGUAGAAAACUUAUUAAAGAGGAAAAUAAAAAUAAAUAUGUUUUGGAGAUUAUUAUUCAUCUGUUGGGAGCUAUUGUGUUUUAAUUUGUGACCAUCAAUUCCCAUCUUUUUAUAUGUAAGUCUAUUAAGUAUAUAUAAUACAUUAUAACUACUACUUCACCUUUUGAAAAUACGAAAUGCAUAAUAGUCAUUUCACUUUUGAAAAUAAGUUCUUAAACUGAUGUUUCUACCUUCUUUUGAGUUUCUAAGCAGUUGCUACUUCCUGGCUCUCUAUUAUACAGGUGGGUAAAGGAGACAGCAGCCUUUUCCCAGGUGAAGAAUAGCUACUGAGGUCCCCACAAUCUAACGACUGAACUUGGGGUGGGAGUGUGGUACAGUGGUUUCUUCAAGUCACUGACCUAGGAGGACCCCUGCAGCAGGUAACUCUGAUCCUCCUGGAAAGCCUUCCAGGUCAGUCAACUUUUUGGAGAUCCCAGAAGAAGGAAGUUAGAGCCAAAGAGGUGAUGCUUAUGUCGUGUUUGCUUCUACAUCUAGACUUGAAGCUUCUAGAGGCCAGGUUGUACAGCUCUCUGCGCAGCUCCAAUACCGGUGUAUCAAAGCACUUUAAGUACUCAGAAAAUGUGGGUAACUGACACAGGCACACAAAAGAACAAAUUCGCCUCCCAAUGAGAGAUAAUUGCUCUCCUCAAUGCAAUGAUAAAACUCAAGGCUGCACUCCAUUAAUUUCUACAGUGCGUUGCUUAUCCUGAAUGUUCUAUAAAUAUUUUUGAUGAAUAAAUAAAUCUCAAAGUAAAACUUGAACCGUAAAAUAACAGUGUAUCUUCCAGAUUUUCAGUUGGACCUAUGGUAGGUGGAAUUUUACUCCAUCCAACCUAAUACAAGGGGACACUUUUCAGACAUAUUUUCUUCUUGCGCAUAUCCUCUCCCUAACAUUUAUAGGGACAGGAUAGAAAGUUGAGGCCUCACAGUGUCAUGUUAGGGCUCUCUACUAUCUGAAGUUUUAGAAACCUGUUUCGGUGGAAGGAGCUUGUUGGCAAAACCAGUGCCUGGUGUGCCCAACAUUUUUUUUUAGUAAUUUUCCAAAGAUGACACGAUACUUUGACUUUAGCUAUAAUGGCUGUUCAAGCUGAAAAUAAUCUUUGCUUAUUUUAAUUAUGUUUUGGCAGGUAGUUUAAUGAAAUCUUGAAAACAACACACCAAAUUGUGAGCAACUGGAUAAGUUAAAGUUUUCUAAAAGUAAACAAAACAAGCACAAAACAGGAGGUUCCUAUUCAAGGCCUGUAUGCCCUAUAUAUUUUUGCCAAGACUGUCUCUGUUUGGUAGAAGCUCUUAACCCAUAUUUGUUAUUUGCCACAUUGACUCAAAUCAGACUUCUUGGAUAUAAUAUGACUGCAUUUGGUCCUUUUUUCUUCUAGCCAUUUUCG